UUAAAAUGAUAAAAACACUUAUAGUGACAAAACUAUAAUAGUUAUACAUAUGCUAUUGCAAUAUCUUUUCUAGAAAGUUAUAGGAUCUGCCAUUGCGUAGUACAUUAAUUUGUUCUAUAAUCAAUCGUUUUCACAGCGCACGCGAAUUAAGAACAUUUUUUGAUCAUUUUUUCAAACCUUGGGUAACAUUAUUGGGGGUUUAGUAUGAAUCCCCAACUUUUUUGAAAAUUUAAUAUAGCCUAUUUUGGGAUGUAGGGCAGGUCGCCUCCAAGCUGGUGCAUCCUGGGUAACGCUAAAUGACCUGCGGCCUUCACGGCCUUACAACUCCUUGGACGACCUUUCGCUUUGGACUGGUUUUUGAGAAACAUUUAUUUGGAUUUGGUAGAACCCUGGGCUGGUGGUGGCGGCAUUCUGGCACCUGAGUAUGAUGAGGGAACACUCAUCAGAAAUGGCUGUCGGGCUAAUGUCGCAACCGCCCCCGUCCCGUUAAAACCCUGGCAGGGCUCCCCUCGUCGUUAAGUUGGAGAUGACUCUUUCUUUGCACUGGUCGGCUCUGAACGUAUUGCUUAAUAAGGGCGUACAACGUACGUCAACCCUCGCCUUGGCCUCGUCACUGAGAUAACCUUGGGACCAUAAAAGGCGACUACUUUUUCGGGGGCGGAUAGCGGCUCUGAGUGGGGAACCUUUUUGAAUGGACAAUAAUACAAACAACAACAACGACGGAAAGACGACGAAGGGCGGUGAAAGACUGUCGAAAUCGACACCUAGAUCCAACCCAGGUGGGGCUGCUGCUCCUACGGCGACGAAACCGUCGCUGGGCAAUUGCAGCAACAGGACAAAGUCUCCAGUUGGUGUCUCAUCAGGUAGCAAAAUGGGGGAAGCCGGCGCAAGUCCGCCGGCAGGAGAAGUAGCGAAGGGUGGACCUUUCAUACGCGGCGGAAUUGCUAGCACUAGCAGAGGAACCUCUGCUAGAGUUAUGAAAGGAUCCACUGGGAGUAGAAGCAAAGCAGAUUUAGCGAGAAAGCUAAAGUCGGACCGCUGAUUGGCGGCCAAGAUCUUGGAACGCUACGGUGACAAGCAUGUUGGUCAGGUAUCGAGGGCUCGCGUUUGGCUGGCGGCCGAACCUUCCACUGCAAGCGAGAUUGACGAAAUCCUCAGAUAUCGCAAUCCCUCACUUCCAACGCAGGACUGGAAUGUUUUAAGGCUAGAGAGAACCGAUGAACCAUAUCGGCAAGCGCUGAUAAUGCUAAGUGCGGAAUCCAUCGGUCCUCUCAGCAAAACAAAGGAAGCCAUACUGAAAGUACUUCCAUCAGACGCCAGAGCUGAUGGCACUCAAGCAGCGGCUGCGGUGGAUGUGACAGAGGGCGCUGACGGUCAAGCGACCGUGGAAAUCGACCCGAAUCUCUCGGACGUGGCGAGUACUGGGGGCGGUUCGUCGAUCGGCGACACCGUCUUCAACCUCGAACAACUGUUUAAAGAGGUGCGGGUCGAUCACGAUUUGGGCGCUGACCUAGAGCUCCUGGAGGAAAGUCUGAAGGAUGAAAUUCCACCAGAUUAACCUCCAGCAUGUGAAGGCGGCCUCCGCCAACCUUUUGCUUCGUCUAGAACAAGACGGAGCUGAUGUCGUCCUGAUCCAGGAACCGUGGCUGACUGGCAACGGGAUAUCUGGAUUGAGGACAAAGAGCCAUAGGCUCCUGACGGCCAAGGAUGCAGCAACGCCGACAUAGGGACAGCGAAGCUGGAGUGUGACACCGGAGAUUUCUGGCUUAUCUCCGCGUACAUGCCACACGAUGAUGUGGUGGAGCCACCUCCCUUACUGCUGAGGAGGACCUUAGCCGAAGCGUCUAAGAGUGGUAACAGCGUCAUCAUCGCUUCCGACGCUAACUCGCGACACCAAAUCUGGAGUAGCUCGGAUACAAAUAAUAGAGGAUGAAUUUCAAUUCAAUGGAUAGUGAUAAAAGCAGUAACGAGCAAUGCAGCGAUUAUGGCAAUGACGCAGAUGAUGGAGUUUUAGGACUGGUGCCUUAUGGCUUUAAUAGCGAUUCAGAUGAAUCACUUGACCUUCCUUCUAAGUCACAAACGCGCAAAGGAAGAGGAAAAGUGGUUAAUCCAGCUUGGUUCGCAGCAAAAAAUAAAAAACAGAGAGAAAAUGGGAAACUUUAUCUGGGGAAAAAGAAAGAGAAUGGUCUGUGGAAUCAUCGAAGAGUUAGAAAUGCAAAAGUCAUUGGAGAGCGAUGUAGCUGUAAAAAAGCCACUAGUUCUGCUGCCCUCCACUGUGCAAAAAUUACUGAAGACCAAAGACAAGCAUUGUUUAAACAAUUCUGGCAAAUGGACUUGAAAGAGAAACAGACUUAUGUAAAUACAUUGAUUCAAGUAACAACUCCUGCAAGAAUGCGAAAUCGCAAAGAUAAACACAAGAGCAGAGGGAGUCGAACAUUUCAAUACCAUGUAAGAGUCGAGCAAAAAAGUGUUAAAGUUUGCAGAAAAUUCUUCUUGAACACUCUUAGCAUUGGCAGACGUACGGUGCUAAAUUGGGUUAAGCAGCCUACGAUUUCAAGAAACACUACACAGAACGCACCCCAACAAAAUUGUAGCAUUGCACGUGAAUCUCUAAAUUCGUUUUUCAAUUCUCUGCCAACCAUGGAAUCCCAUUACUGCCGUGCAACAACUCAAAAAAAAUAUCUUUUGCCAGAAUGGUCGUCAAAAAAACAACUCUUCGAAUUUAACGUAGAGGAUUGGUUUAAUGCACAUGGAAAACCCCCACUCUCUAUUUCAGCAUUUUAUAACACCCUUGCGGAUCAAAAGCUUUGUCUAUUCUUCCCUAAAAAAGAUCAGUGUGAAAUCUGUGCGCGAAAUACUGUGGGAGAUAUUUUGGAUGACGUGUACAAUCUUCACCACGCAAAAAAACAUGAAGCUAGGGAAGAGAAACAAAAGGACAAAAUCGAAGAAGCCUUCGUGUUUACUAUUGAUCUGCAAGCGGUCUUAAUGGCACCAAAAGCCCAAGUAAGCAGCCUUUAUUACCGCACGAAGUUGCAAGUCCACAAUUUGGUGUUUUACAAUUUGAUAAAUCAUGAUGCUUAUUGCUUCAUAUGGAACGAAGUAGAAGGUGUAUUAUCGGCCGAAGAAUUUGCUAACAUUUGGGUGUUCUUCAUCGAGAAUAAAAUAAUUCCAAAUCUUACCGAGAAUGCAGCUGCUACGAAAAUUAUUCUUUAUAGUGAUGGAUGUACGUACCAGAAUAGGAAUGUUUCUAUGAGUAACGCUUUGCUCAAUACAUCUAUUAAACAUGGCGUAAUAAUUGAGCAAAAAAUACUAGAAACGGGGCACACCCAAAUGGAAGCUGACAGCGUACAUUCAGUUAGCUCGAAAGAAACCUACACCUUAUAUGGUAGAGUAUUUGGAUCAUACUUUGUCAAAUGUUUCAAGGACAUACAAUUUUAAAAAACAAUUCGUCCUGGUCGCGGAAAGGGUGAAACAAAAGUCACCGAUAUUCGUGCGAUUAAAUACACAUCGGAAAGGGAAAUAUUUUAUAAAUUGCGUUUUCCCGAGCCAUGGAGCUAUUUACAACAAAGAGUGGACAGAAGUGUUGUGCCAACGGAUUGGUCUAAUUUGCCACAGCUUCACCAAGAAAGAAGAAAAUUAACAGCAAGAAAAUACGCAGAUUUGCAAUAUUUAAAAACUUCUUUGCCAAGAGACUACCAUCAAUAUUAUGACGACCUGCCACAUGAGUGAUAUCUUCUUAUUUUUUAAUAUAUUUUUUUGUUUUGCUUAAUUUAUAAUUUCCAAACAGCAAUGAAUUAAGACUGAACUGAUAUAUUAACUUUUUGUGAUACCUUAAAGUUUAAGGCUUAAAUUUAAGUACUUAUGUAUUCCUUUAAACGACAGCAACGAAGUAAGACUACGCCAUUUGCAAAAAAAAAUGCAAUAUUUCUUUUCCGAAAAUAUGCUAAGUCCAAUACAUCCAAGUGCAAAUAACUCCAGAAAAUGUGCUAAGUCCAAAAAAGGCCUAUAUAAAGGCGCUCAUUAAUUUUUUUAUUAUAUUUUUUUUGUACUUUAAUGAAAUAUCACAGUUGACAAAACUGCGUUAAAAAAAUUUUUGAACUUCAAUUUUUAUUAAUUUUUUUUUUGUUUUAUUUAAUAAUUCAAAAAUGGCACUUAGCACCUUUGCACGUUAAGCCGACGACAUAUUUGCAUAGAAUAACUCAUUAGGUUAUUCUCAUUUUAUUUUAUUGUUUUUGCAAGAACACCGGUUGCCAAGCUGUCAUAAGAAACUUUCGGUUAAAACGGAAUACCGAAAAUAAAACGGUUUGGCAUAACAGAUAAUAUAUAUGUAAAUAUAUUUAUAUAUGUACAUAUAAAUUUAUAUACAUAUGUACAUUUAUAUUCAUAUAUAUUUAUGCACAUAUAUAUUUAUGUAUUGUAUGUAUAUGUCCAAAUAUAAUAUAUAAAGAUUGUUUAUUGGCCACUAAUGCUUACCUUCGUGUAUCAAAACACAAAAUAUCCACAAUCAUAAAAAAAAAAAAUGCAAGGUUUUACUUGCACAUAUGUCCGGUGAUACCCCUUAUGCUUGAUCAAGCAAU